CUAUUUCCCGUUGAUCUGUUCGCUCACCCACUUAGAUCUUCUCUCCUCAAGGCCCUCACUUUCCUUAAUCUCUCAUUCAAUCCUUUCUCAGCCGCAUCGUAUUGAUACAAUACCUGAUGGGGGCACGGGAUGAGUUUAAACUGAAACCUGGAUGGUCUGAGUAAAAUACCUUUUUCGUUAAAUAACCCCAAAAUUUUUGUUCCUCAUAACCAGGUCGGGUUUGAGUUUGGUAAUCCGACUCAUUGUCAUUCCUAGAUGGAGCUGAGACAUAUUGGUUAAGCCCACCUAUCAAACUUAAGCAUGCCCAUUCGACCAAACCCACCUUCGCUCAGCAAUCAACAUGUAGAGGCAGAGGAAGAAGAGAGAAGCCACCAUUGAAGAGAAUAAAGCAGCGGUUCCAAUGGCAGAGCCACGAAAAUUAAGAGGUCACAAAGCUACAGCCACGUGCUGUAUUGCCUCGCGUGACCGCCCUGGCCUUGUUGCCACCUCCGGCGAGGAUGGUUGCAUUUGCUGGUUUGAUAUGCGAUGCAAAGAUGUGCAAUUUAUCAUGGAUGUUAGCAAUGAUCCUAUUUCAUCGUUGUCUUUCAAGUCAGGAAAUGAAGAUAUUAUUUAUGUUUCAUCAGAAAAGGAAAUAAAGUGUUUCGAUUUGCAUAAGCUGGAUGGUGCUUCUUGGAAGCCACUGGGAAGUUAUAACUAUAACAAAGAUGAGAUUAAUCAGAUUGCUUGUAAUUCAAGGUCAUCUUUUCUUGCUUCUGCAGAUGAUACAGGUGAUGUUAAGAUCAUUGACAUUCACCAGCACUGCAUCUACAAGACACUAAGAGCUGGCCAUGCAAGUAUCUGUAGCAGUGUUCAGUUCAUCCCUUGGAGACCAUGGGAAGUUAUUACUGGAGGCUUUGAUUCAAAAUUGAUUAUGUGGGACUUUUCCAAAGGUCACCCUUGCAAAAUUUUGGACUUUGGUUUGCCAGAAAUGAAUGGUUGUAGUACUGCAGGCCAAUGUUUUAAUCCUGCUUUUGUCCAUGCACUAGCAGUUCCAGAUGUCGAUAUGUCAGAUAAAUUAGGUAGAAUAUGUGUUGUAGCUAGGGGUGAUGGUGUUGUAGAUGUGAUUAAUAUUGAAUCAGAACUUACUGAUGUUAAGUCCAAAAGUUCAAUAAAAUCCAGGAAAGGAACUCAAUCAGUGUCAAAACACAGAAAUUCCUGGUGAUUUAGGAACUUCACAUCAGAAUGGAAGAAAGCGAUUGCAAUUGGAUUACUCAUUUGGUGGGCAUACUGGAGCUGUCUCUUGUGUGCAAUUUUCCAUGUUUGGGGAGAGGGGGAAAUUCAUAAU